AUAAUAUUAGUUCACAUUAACAGCAAAACAUACAUGAAAGAGAAUAACAACUAUCUAGCUUCCUUGCCGCUACUAUUCUGCUGCUGUGUUCUCUUGUGCCUGGCAGAGUCAUCAGCAGAUAACGACAAUAACAAUAAUAAUAAUGAAGUUUAUAUAGUAUAUAUGGGAGCCGCGGAUUCAACAAAUGCAUCCCUUCGUAAUGAUCAUGCUCGUGUUCUCAACUUGGUCUUAAGAAGGAAUGAGAAGGCUCUAGUACAGAACUACAAGCAUGGAUUCUCGGGUUUUGCGGCUCAUCUAUCAAAGGAAGAAGCGGAGUCAAUAGCUCAGAAACCAGGAGUGGUAUCUGUGUUCCCUGAUCCCAUUCUGAAGCUUCACACAACACGUUCAUGGGAGUUCCUCAAGUAUCAAACUCAAGUCAAAAUCGAUUCUCUCCCAACCGCCGCAAAUUCUCAGUCAUCAGAGACCAUCAUUGGCAUCUUAGACACAGGUAUAUGGCCAGAGGCGGAAAGUUUCGUGGACACGGGCAUGGAUCCUGUUCCAUCCCGUUGGAAGGGUACCUGCAUGAAAUCGGCAGAUUUCAAUUCAUCCAACUGCAACAGGAAGAUAAUUGGAGCGAGGUAUUAUGCAGACCCUAAUGCGGGUAAUGACGGGGAUAACACAGCAAGGGAUUCCAAUGGCCAUGGGACUCACGUCUCGUCCACGGCGGCGGGUGUCAACGUCGCAAAUGUAUCCUUCUAUGGUCUGGCGGAGGGGACUGCCGUCGGUGGCUCCCCACAAUCCCGAUUGGCAAUGUACAGAGUGUGCACCAACUUCGGGUGCCGAGGCUCCGCCAUCCUCGCCGGCUUUGACGAUGCAAUCAACGACGGCGUCGACGUACUGUCUCUCUCACUUGGAUCGCCGUCAGUGCUCCGACCAGACCUCACAUCCGAUCCCAUUGCCAUCGGAUCGUUCCACGCGGUGGAGCGCGGGAUCGUGGUGGUUUGCGCCGCCGGAAAUGAUGGGCCGUCGUCGAAAACUGUCGUGAACGACGCGCCAUGGAUUUUAACGGUUGCAGCCACCACCAUCGAUCGGGAGUUUGAGUCUAACCUUGUGUUGGGUGACAACAAAGUGGUCCAGGGAAAUGCUAUAAAUUUCUCUCCGCUUUCAAAGACACCGGAUUUUCCAUUCAUAAAUGGCGAGUCUGCCAAGACAAGCAGUGCCACGGUUUCUGACGCAAGGCAAUGCCACCCAAAUGCGUUAGAUGGAACAAAGGUGAAAGGGAAGAUCGUGUUUUGCGAUGGGCAAAACGAUACUUAUUCAACUACCGAAAAGGCUUUCCAAGUGUCACAAGCGGGAGGAUUAGGCAUGGUUCAUGUCACUGACCAAGGUGGAUCUGUGACACAAUUUUUUGGGAACUUUCCAGCAACCACUGUAAGUCCAAAAGAUGGCGCCCCAAUAUUUCAGUAUCUCAAUUCCACUAGCAAACCAAUGGCAACAAUUCUGCCAACAGUUUCAGUCAUUAAGUAUAAGCCUGCACCCGUGGUGGGAUACUUCUCUGCAAGAGGCCCUGCAACACUUUCAAGUAAUAUUCUAAAGCCUGAUGUUGCAGCACCGGGAGUUAACAUUCUUGCGGCAUGGCUUGGCAACGGCGCAGACGAUGAUGUCCCACAAGGACAAAAACCCUCAGCAUACAAAGUCCUUUCAGGGACUUCCAUGGCAUGCCCUCAUGUUUCAGGCCUCGCAGCCAACGUUAAAUCUCGUAACCCCACUUGGACUCCCUCUGCUAUUAAGUCAGCCAUAAUGACUUCAGCAAUUCAGAACAACAAUAUGAAGGCUUUAUUGACAACGGAUUCAGGGUCAGUAGCCACACCUUAUGACUAUGGAGCAGGGGAAAUUACGACAUCUGAACCGUUGCAACCAGGGCUAGUUUACGAAACCACCACCAUUGACUACUUGAACUUCUUGUGUUACAUUGGGCUUAACGUGACCACCAUUAAAAUCAUCUCCAAAACUGUCCCUGAAAGCUUCAAUUGCCCAAAGGAUUUGAGCCCUUAUCAAAUUUCCAACAUCAAUUACCCUUCCAUAGUAGUCUCCAACCUCAAAGGUGGAGGAGCAGUGAAUGUGAGUAGAACAGUGACAAAUGUUGGUGAAGCCGAUGAAACAACCUACUCCUCUGUUGUGGAUGCUCCCAGUGGGGUAAAUGUUAAGUUAAUUCCAGAAAAACUUGAAUUCACGGAAAGUAGUAAAACACUAAGCUACCAAGUUAGCUUCAGCUUGAGUUCAAGUUCGACGUCGUUGAAUGGAGAUCAGUUUGGAUCCAUUACUUGGAGUGAUGGCAAAUAUAGUGUUCAAAGUCCAUUUGUAUUGACUAAUUAAGUAGCUAGUGCUUAAAAGCCAGUAAUAUGAAUAAAUGCAACUUCUUA